AUGUCGCAAGUACAGGACCAGGUAUUCCAGGAUACACAAUUGGAAAAUCCGCAGCUAUCGCUGAUGUCAACUGCUCCAGCAGAUCCGUCGUCGCUAUCAGAAAGUCAGGUUCAAUUUGCAGGAGCCCAGCGAGCCGGGAGUGAGGAAUACGUGGAGUCUUCAGAGGCGGUUGAACAGCCGGGGUCCGUUGGAGGUGGCGCUGGAGGUGAGACGGAGGGUGUUGAGGAAGACGAUGUGGCGUUGGUUUCGUUUGUUCCGCUAGAGAAGUUACAGAUCAAUGGUAUCACCAGCGGAGACCUCAGGAAGCUUCGGGAAAGUGGGUUACAUACGGUGGAGGCGGUGGCGUAUGCGCCACGCAAGCAGUUGAUGGAGAUCAAGGGAAUUUCGGAGGCCAAGGCGGACAAAUUGCUGAACGAAGCGGCCAGGCUGGUGCCGAUGGGGUUUGUUACAGCGGCGGACUUCCACAUGAGACGGUCGGAGAUGAUCUGUUUGACUACUGGGUCUAAGAAUUUGGAUACGUUGCUUGGAGGCGGUAUUGAGACUGGGUCGAUUACGGAGCUAUUUGGUGAGUUUAGAACGGGGAAAUCGCAGUUGUGCCAUACGCUCGCGGUAACGUGUCAGAUACCGCUGGAUAUCGGUGGAGGAGAGGGGAAGUGUCUGUAUAUCGACACAGAAGGUACAUUCCGGCCCGUGAGGCUGGUUUCGAUCGCUCAACGGUUUGGACUGGACCCUGACGAUGCGCUGAACAACGUAGCGUAUGCUAGAGCGUAUAACGCGGACCAUCAGAUACGGCUGCUGGAUGCAGCAGCCCAGAUGAUGAGCGAGUCGCGGUUCUCGUUGAUCGUGGUGGACUCCGUGAUGGCCCUAUACAGAACUGAUUUUUCGGGACGUGGUGAGCUUAGCGCGAGACAAAUGCAUUUGGCAAAGUUUAUGCGCGCCUUGCAACGGCUUGCGGACCAGUUUGGCGUGGCCGUGGUGGUGACAAAUCAGGUUGUCGCUCAGGUUGACGGGGCUAUGUCCUUUAACCCAGAUCCGAAAAAACCUAUCGGUGGCAAUAUCAUGGCUCAUUCUUCUACAACAAGACUGGGAUUUAAGAAAGGUAGAGGUUGCCAGAGGCUCUGUAAGGUGGUUGACUCACCUUGUCUCCCUGAAGCGGACUGUGUGUUCGCCAUCUAUGAAGAUGGUGUCGGUGACCCGCGUGAGGAGGACGAAUAG